CUUCGCCUGGCUGAUUUGUGCAUGCUGGUUUCUUUCAUUCUUUUUGCCGGGGGGUGAACUCCUGAGGAGCGGAUGAAGAAACAAAUUUUGCUGCUUUUCGCAUUCAGAGGACAAUUGAGCAACGGAAAAAAGGGCAAAAAGAGGAAAUGUCCAACAUUAUAUUACGGCCGGCUGAACCAAAGGAUGUAUCCGAUAUCUUGCGACUCAUAAAGGAACUUGCUAAGUUUGAAGAGAUGGAGGAGAAGGUCAUGCUCACGGAGAAAGAGCUGCUCGAGGAUGGUUUUGGUGAUCACCCGUUCUAUCACUGCUUGGUUGCUGAAGUCCCAAAGGAGCAGAGGUCGGAAGGGUAUUCUGUGAUCGGCUUUGCGAUGUACUACUUCACCUACGACCCUUGGAUCGGAAAGCUUCUCUACCUGGAGGACUUCUAUGUGAUGCAGGAGUUUCGAGGUCUUGGCGUUGGCUCUCAGAUCCUGAAGGUGCUGAGCGAGACCGCAGCGAAGACCCGCUGCAGCAGCAUGCAUUUCAUCGUAGCAGAAAACAACAAGAAGUCCAUCGAGUUCUACAAGAGGAGGGGGGCGGCUGAUCUGUCCUCGCAGGAGGGCUGGCGUCUUUUUGCGAUUGGAAAGGAGGGUCUGCUGAAAAUGGCCAACAAAUAAGAGUUUACUGAUCUGCACAGUGUUUUGGUGAAAGCAACAACGAUGUUCUGUCUGUUUGGAGAUUUUGCACAGUUUUAUUACGCCUGUUUAGCAGUUAUCUUUGAUAAUGAACAACUCCUGCAACAUUAGCUUAUGUAAAAUAAAAACACACACUGAGCUCACAGAUUAACUUGGGAUUAUUAAAGUAUACUGCUGCCAAGUACUGUUUUAUUUUAAUAUAUACUUAA